CUCCUUCCUGCCACCGCGACCCUGGGCUGGGAAGGCGACCCUGGGCCGGGAGGGCGGGUCCGAGCCCAGAAGAGAAAGAGGGGCAGAGGCUGGCGGGUCAUGCCCUUGUCGCCACGCGCCGCUCUCUUCUGGGACCUGGUCCUGGGCGUAUUGGGCACCCUCGCCUUCCUGAUCGACCUGGGCGCCGACCUGUGGGCGGCGAGCCAGUAUGUGCUCAGCGGUCGCUACCUGUGGGCCGCGCUAGUGCUGGCGCUGUUGGGCCUCGCCUCAGUCGCGCUGCAGCUCUUCAGCUGGGUCUGGCUGCGCGCCGACCUCUCCAGCCCGCACGCGCCGAAGCCCCCAGGCCACUGCCUGGCGCUGUUGCAUGUCCUGCAGCUGGGCUACCUGUACAGGUGCAUGCAGGGGCUGCGGCAGGGGCUGCUGGUGUGGCGGCAGGCGGUGCCCUCCGAGUUCGACUUGGCCUAUGCCGACUUCCUCUCCCUGGACAUCAGCAUGCUGCGGCUCUUUGAGACCUUCCUGGAGAUGACACCGCAGCUCACACUGGUGCUGGCCAUCAUGCUGCAGAGCGGCAGCGCCGAGUACUACCAGUGGGUCAGCAUCUGCACGUCCUUUGUGGGUAUCUCAUGGGCACUGCUUGACUACCACCGGGCCCUGCGCACCUGCCUCCCCUCCAAGCCCGUCCUGGGGCUGGGUGCCUCCGUGAUCUACUUCCUGUGGAACCUGCUGCUGCUGUGGCCCCGAGUCCUGGUCGUGGCCCUGUUCUCAGCCCUCUUCCCCCGCUAUGUGGCCCUGCACUUCUUGGGCCUGUGGCUGGUGCUGCUCUUCUGGGUCUGGCUUCAGGGCACGGACUUUAUGCCAGAUCCCUGCUCCGAGUGGCUGUACCGGGCGACGGUGGCCACCAUCCUUUAUUUCUCCUGGUUCAACGUGGCUGAGGGCCGCACCCGAGGCCGUGCUACCAUCCACCUGGCGUUCCUCCUGAAUGAUAGCCUUCUGCUGGCGGUCGCCUGGGUGGCUCAGAGCACCUGGCUGCCCAGCGGGUGCCUGCUGCAGAGGCUGCUGCCCGCGGCCGGCGCCUGCUUCCUCCUGGGGCUGGCUCUGCGGCUGGCCUACUACCGCUGGCUGCACCCCAGCUGCCGCUGGGAGCCUGACCAGUUGGACGGGACCUGGGGUCUGCGCUCCCUCGAGGGGCGUCAGCUGCCUCAGAACAGGCGCAUGGCCCAUUUGGCUAAGAACUUUUUCCCCAAAGGUAGGGAUGAGGCUGCUGUGCCGUGGAAGGGAGAGGUGAAUGGUGUCCUUUGAGGCAGGCUCAGACCCCGCCAGGGGACCGAAGGCCAGAUGGAAUCAGUUGGUAGAAUAUAGAAGAUAAGCUCCUGAUGCUGCUAUGGGCCUUGAUUCACUCAGCGAGCACUUGAUGCCUGAGCUGUGCCAGGCGCUGGAGACCAGAGUUGAGGAAGACAGAGGCCUGCCCUCAAGGAUGAGAACAAGAUGAGAAGGGCUGGGCCCUGGAGGGUCAAGGGCCCCAAUUAUGUAUGAAACACUUUGGGAGGAAAGAAGAGACCCCUCCCCUUCCCUUCCCCCCAAACAAGUAUAACCCCAAAGCAUCCCAGUGUUGGUAUUUUUACCUCCCUGGCUACCUCUAAAAUAAUUGGUGGAGCUGCUGUCCCACCCUUGGUUCCCCUCUCCUGGGCUGGAAGGCCCCAGGACCUCCAGGAUGUGUUCUCUGGAAUUCUUCCUCCCCUGCCCCACCCCAGUCUUUCAAUUCAUUCAGCAAAUGUUUACCGAGGGCCUUUUAUGUGUCAGAAGCAUCAUUCUAGCCUUGGCAGAUCAGCUGCCAUUCCAGCUUCAUCCCUUACCCUCUCCAGCUACUCCAGAACAGGUUCUCAGGCUGGAAGCCAGGGAUGCCUGCCUGCCUGUGAGCCCUGUGAGCCCCUCCAAGGCCUUAGUGCAGCUGGCCCGGCCUCUGCCCCUGCUCUCAAGGGGUGACCUUUCAACCAAGUGCCUUGUGAACCCGUGGUCUGGGCCAUGGCUCAGCCCGUUGAGUAUGGUUUUGUGCUUCAGGCAGUGUACUUUCUACCUCAGUCUGUGUGGGUGGAAGAGGUGUGUGUAUCUCCGUCUCUGUAAGCGAGAGACAUGUGUGUUGUCUUUGUUGAACAGUAUUGUUAGAUUAUUAUUAAAACCUCAUGAAAUCCUC